GAGGUUCUGCCUGCGGUGCACCGAAAAGAAACAGAGACACCUCCUCCUCAGUGUUCUUAAAUCGUCCACUCAUUGGAUAACUAAUUAUUCUGAGAGGGCCCAUAAUAUACACUCACUUACGUUCUUGCCUGCUGCGACGUUAUCAUCACGAUGGCCUCGGCAAAGCUAGCGACCGUCGGUAUCCUGUCCAUAGGCGACAUGGGCAUGGGCCUUGCCAAACUGCUUGUCGCAAAGGGCUUCUCGGUCGCUACAAACUGCACAGGGCGGAGCAAAGACACGAUCGAGAGGGUCAAGGCCGCCCAGGUGACAGACCUCUCGACCGACACAGACCUCGUCAAGACGUGCGACAUCAUCCUGUCCGUGGUGCCACCGCGCGACGCCGAGGCGACAGCCCAGCGCAUCAUCGACGCCAUGGCCCUGGUCACCAAGGCCCACCCGCCACUCUACUUUGCCGACAUGAACGCGGUGGCGCCCUCGACCAUCAAGCAGAUCGCCCAGAACAUCGACGCCGCCCAGGUGCCCAUCACGCUCAUCGACGGGUCCAUCCUGGGCGGGCCCCCGCACCCGACCAGCGGGGCCUCCAGCUCCGGCUCCGCCGCCACCACCGCAGUGGGCGACUGGAACGUGCCCUCGCUGCCGACGAGCGGACCGCUGCAGGUCGCCGACAUACCGGGUUUCGGCGCCGCGCUGUCGACGGCGCUCAACAUGCGGCACAUCAGUCCUGCCAUCGGCGCGUCCUCGGGGCUCAAGAUGUGCUUCGCCUCGCUGUCCAAGGGCUACAGCGCCAUCGCGGUGCAGUCCUUCACCACGGCGCAGCGCCUGGGCGUGCUGCCGGCACUGCAGGAGGCGCUGCAGGAGCUGGUGCCGCAGCGCGUCAAGCAGACCGAGGGGGCGCUGGUCAACAUGCCGCCCAAGGCGUACAGGUGGGUGCGGGAGAUGAAGGAGAAGGUUGGGCAGAGGAAGAGGGGGAGGACGGUGGAGGAUGUGGCGGUGGCCAUGGCCGAGGGGCUGGAGAAGAAGAGGAAGAAGACGGAGUAGGGGUCUCUUUUCUCUGGGACAAGCAACACGAUACUACUUCUCCACCUGUAUCUGAUGAUGAGGGGUUUUUUCCCUUCCUUGUUUUCUCUUUUCUUCACGAUGAUAUGCCGAAGAUCAGCCAGAAUUUCUUGUUUGAACGACUUACUGUGCGUUGAUGGUUUCCUGGUUCGCGUGACCAGAGAAGGGUUUCGAGGAUGGGGCAUCGUGUCGUGGCUCGCAAUCUACAAGCCCAAGGCUGUCCUCCACCUCCAUCUUGUCUUCCCAUGAUUUUACAUAGCUACAUUGAAACUGUUUAUACC